UGUGCAGCCAAGAGUUGAUCUCAGCUUUACGCUACUCCAAACAGUUAGCGGACUUCUGUCUGAUCGUUGCGACCCUGCAGAGCUCCAACCUCAGUGUCGCAUAUAUUAGUGGGCUAUAUGCAUUGAGGAUGUUUCACUUCGCCUCUUUCCCUGCGUCACAUCAGGAGCAGGAUCGCUAUGCUACGGCAAGACACCAUCCAGAUGUCGAGGGGGACAUCCAGAUGGACUUCGAUGAUGAGGACUUUGGAGACGGGUCCUUGAAGUUGACCUAUCCCGGCGUGCCGCUCACGUCCGCACAGGCGUUCAUGCGUGGCCAUGGAACCUAUGUGGACAAUGAUGAAGUAAUUGCAUCCGUCGCAGGCAUGGUGGAACGUGUUAACAAGCUGGUUACCGUGCGUGCCAUCCGGUCCAGGUACAAUCCAGAAAUAGGCGAUCUAGUCGUGGGGAGGAUUACGGAGGUACAACCACGCAGAUGGAAGGUAGAUGCCAACUCGAGGCAAGAUGCGGUCUUGAUGCUUUCCUCUGUGAACCUGCCGGGCGGCGUACAGCGCCGCAAACUGGAGAGCGAUGAAUUGCAAAUGCGGACUUUCUUCGAGGAGGGCGACCUGUUGGUCGCCGAAGUGCAAGCAUUCUUUGCCGAUGGAGCCAUGUCGCUGCAUACUCGUUCGCUGCGUUAUGGCAAGCUACGUAACGGGCAGUUGGUCACAGUUCCACCCGCGCUAAUUCGGCGAUUAAAGUCGCAUUUCCUAUCGCUUCCUUGUGGAGUAGACAUAAUUCUUGGACUCAACGGAUACAUCUGGGUAAGCAAGCAUACGAAGCAAAGCCAGCAAGAGGGGGAGGAAGCAUUCGAUGCUGAGGCCGUAUACUCGAACAAGAAUGAUGAUAUUGACACCGCGACUCUCACUGCCAUCUCGCGUGUUACGAACAUCAUACGCGUCCUCGCAGCACACUUCAUCCCAUUAACUGACACCCUGUUGCUUGAUGCAUAUGAAUGGGCGGUUGAGCAGGAAGGUGACGUCAAAGUUUUACUGCAACCAGAUGUUGGCGAUGCCCUAGUAAUGGCUGUGGCUGCUCGUAGUUAAGAAAAUUGGAUUCUUCAAAAGCUGAAUAAUGGCUAGC